AUGUUUCAAAAACAAGAUGAUAAAGAAAAGACAAUCAAAAUCCUGGAGGAGCAGACCGCCAACAUUGAUGCCACUGACUGCCAAAAUGUAUGGUCAGAGUUAGAAAAGAAAAGACGGGAACUUGAAACCAUAAUCGAAUACCAGACAAAAGGGGCUAUUCUAAGAUCUAAAUCGCGAUGGUACAAUGAGGCCGAAAAAAACACUAAAUACUUUCUAAACUUAGAGAAGAGACACUGCAAACAAGGAACAAUUAUCCAACUGAAAGUUAAUGACAAAGACUUAAUCCAAUCCGACAGGGAAAUCUUACACAAGUGCGAGACCUUUUAUAAAAAUCUCUACAGUUCAAAAGUACAAGUUAACGAUUACCCGGAAGUUUUCUUUCCACCUGCACGAGAAGUAUUAAGUGAAGAAAGAAAACAGCAUUGUGAGGGUCUUUUAACUUCUAAAGAGUGUUUGGAAGCAUUAAACGGUAUGGCCACGGAAAAAACACCUGGUACUGAUGGCCUGCGGUGUGAAUUUUAUAAAGUUUUUUGGAAAGAUGUAGACGAAACACUAACAGAGGCCCUAAACUUUUCUUACCAAACAGGAAAACUCGCUGUAUCACAAAGGCGAGGAACUGUCAAGCUUAUACCGAAGAAGGAUGCAGAUCCCAACCUGAUUAAAAACUGGCGCCCAUUGACACUAUUAAACUGCGAUUAUAAGAUUGCAUCAAAGGCUAUUGCAAAUCGAAUCAAAACAGUUCUACCGGAACUUACAUCAGAAGAUCAGUCAGGCUUUAUUAAAAACAGAUGUAUCAGUGACAAUAUACGCACAUUAGAUAGUGCUAUUAAGUAUGCAGAAAACAAAGGUUUACGCGGUCUACUUCUUUUCCUCGAUUUUGAAAAAGCUUUUGACACGUUAGAGUGGUCAUUCAUAAACCAAACGUUACGGCACUUUGGGUUUGGCCCCUCACUGUUAAACUGGGUUGAACUAUUUUACUGCAAUACCGAAAGCUGUAUACUAAACAAUGGAUGGGCAAGCAAUUUCUUUGAGUUAAGUAGAGGUGUUAGACAAGGCUGCCCCCUAUCGCCUUACCUCUUCAUACUGUCCGUAGAAAUACUCGCUGAAGCUAUUCGCAAUAAGCAAGAAAUAAAGGGCAUCAAAAUCUAUAAUACCGAAGUUAAAGUAAGUCAAUAUGCGGAUGACACGACACUCAUUUUAGAUGGAACUGAAGAAUCAGUAAGAGCGUCACUGUUACUGAUAGAAGCAUUUGGGAACAUAUUUGGCCUAAGGCUGAAUAAUGAGAAAACAGAGGCCUUGUGGAUA